AUGUCCAAGGGACAGGUGAAACCCGUCCAGAAGAGCACGAGCACACGCGCAGUUAAGAAGUUAUUUCGCAUGUACCUCGACUUGGGGGGAAAGAUGAAAACCAGGAGCUUUGGUGGCAACUGGUACACACUGAUCAUCAGAGACGAUUUCUCUCAUUGGACGCGUGUUUUCUUCUUGAAGCACAAGUCUGACCCAGCGGUUGGGUUUGCGAAGUUCCUGGCGGACUACCGAACGAAAGGGGUUCCGUGUGAGGUUGUAUCGCACGUACCGACGGUGGCGGCGAGUUCCAGGGGCAGUUUGCGGAAGUUUGCCGCAGACACGGCAUCAAACAAGAGUUCACCCCCCCUCACACGCCAAAACACAACGGUGUAGCGGAGAGAGCGUUAGGGUUGAUCACUGAUGCCGCGCUUGCGUCACGCAUCCAAGCGACGCAACUGUUCCCCGACGCACCGAACCACCCCGGGUUGUGGGCCGAGGCCAUUUCGUGUGCAUGCCAUCAGCUGAACUGCGCCGCCACUAAAUCAAACGAGGGAGACAAGUCCGCCUACGAGAUGUUCCACGACUCCCCACCGCUUGUCCGGUCUACAUACCCGUUUCUCAAACCAGCCAUGUUCAAGUCGAGAAGAAAAGCAAAGUCGCAACCCAAGGGCGAAAAAUGAUGGUACCUUGGUCUUGCCCAC